AUGAGCCUGCGGUCGACAGGCGAUCGUAUCGACAUGCUGUACGCCAAGGAUGAAGACGAGGGGAGGAGGACGAGGAUGACGGAGAGUCCAGAACUGACCAGAGUAAGAGAAGAGAUGGUUCUGAGGGAUAGAGAUCCCGUCAUCACGCCUUUCGGAAGGUUCCAUCUCAGGAUAGGUUUGAAGGAUAACAAGCAAUGGCUAAGGAGUUCACAUGAAAAGAAAUUGCAUACGAUCGCAAAGCCAGGCUCUCACGACAGCAUGGUCUCAAGUCACCUGGAUAGCGGUCAACCAUUCCGAGAAGCGAGUGAAAUCAUGUUGAGCUGGCAGCCGACCGGUCAUGCUAGUUACGUGUUGCCAGCAAAGCAUGCGGGCAAGGCAGGUGCUCUGCAGGUCGACGACGAGCUACAGAGAACUGAGCAGAACGAGAUUGAGGAUCCUGAUAAGCAAGCAGCUGACGCCCUCAGGUCAGAGCCUGAGAAGGACGCAAACAAAGAGGAUGAUCAAUUAGCGUCUGCUCGCACAAAGACUCCGAUGAAGCGAGAUAUGAUUGAGAACGUCACGAGCGAUGCCCUUCAGGCUUACCUUCACACAGCUGAAGAUCGUGUCUGUAGCAAAAUGAGGAUCUCGCUGCAAGAUGCAAUCCACGAGACUGCUGAACAAAUUUUCAAACAUCGCCAGAAGUCUCAGCAAAAACUCAAACAGACAAUCAUUCUUGAAAGUCACAGAAAUGUAGUCAGGCACAACAUAUCGAUGCUGAAAAACAUUCAUGAGCGAAUCUGGGAUGAAAUGAACUCCAGCAUUGAAGAAUAUGUUGAGAGGACGUGCUCAAAAAGCAGAUAUACUGUAUUAUGA